AUGACGACGGAUAUUGCAGUGCAAGGGCUUCGCUGGGAUGCCACUCUUGGCCAAGAAAUAAUCGAAGACUUCGAAUACGAUGGAGGCAAUUCGUCAUCGCGGCUCUUCGAGAGAUCUCGCAUCAAGGCCCUCGCAGAUGAACGAGAGAGCGUGCAGAAGAAGACCUUCACCAAAUGGGUGAACUCUCAUCUCAUCCGUUUGAAUUCCCGAAUCGGUGACCUUUACCUCGACCUCCGAGAUGGAAAAAUGCUCAUGAAGCUCUUGGAAAUCCUCUCCGGGGAGAGAUUGCCGCGCCCAACGAAGGGGAAAAUGCGAAUCCACUGUUUGGAGAAUGUGGACAAGGCCUUGCAAUUCCUUCGAGAACAGCGGGUGCAUCUUGAGAACAUGGGAUCACACGAUAUUGUUGAUGGGAAUCCCAGGCUGACACUUGGUCUCAUAUGGACCAUCAUCCUUCGCUUCCAGAUUCAAGAUAUUACGAUUGAGGAGACUGAGAGCCAGGAGACAAAGUCCGCCAAAGAUGCCUUGCUCCUCUGGUGUCAGAUGAAGACAGCCGGAUAUCACAAUGUGAAUAUACGCAACUUCACCACAUCGUGGCGCGAUGGACUUGCCUUCAAUGCCCUCAUCCACAAGCAUCGUCCUGAUCUCAUUCAGUUUGAGAAGCUUACGAAAUCCAAUCCUCUACAUAACCUCAACAAUGCCUUCAAUGUGGCAGAGCAGCGACUGGGACUCACUAAGCUCCUUGAUCCUGAAGAUGUCUUUGUGGAAUUCCCUGAUGAGAAGUCCAUCAUCACUUAUGUCGUGACAUACUACCACUACUUCUCAAAAAUGCGCCAAGAGACUGUGCAAGGGAAGAGAAUAGCCAAGAUCGUUGGCAUAGCCAUGGAUAACGAUCAAAUGAUCCGCAGUUAUGAAACCAUGACUUCUGAACUUCUGAAAUGGAUUGAACAAACUAUCCAAGCCCUGAGCGAUCGUCACUUUGCUAACUCUCUUACUGGUGUUCAGCAGCAACUCACAGAAUUCAACACCUACCGUACAGUUGAGAAACCACCAAAGUUUGAGGAGAAGGGCAACUUGGAGGUCCUUUUAUUCACACUGCAGUCAAAAAUGCGAGCAAACAAUCAGAAGCCCUAUACACCCAAGGAAGGGAAACUGAUAUCAGACAUCAAUCGGGCUUGGGAGCGACUGGAGAAGGCUGAGCAUGAAAGGGAAUUGGCAUUGCGAGAGGAGUUGAUCCGCCAGGAGAAGCUUGAGCAGCUUGCAGCUCGCUUUGAUAGGAAAGCUGGCAUGCGGGAGACAUGGUUGAGUGAGAAUCAGCGCCUUGUAUCUCAGGACAACUUUGGGUUUGACUUGGCUGCUGUGGAGGCUGCAGCAAAGAAACAUGAGGCUAUAGAGACUGAUAUAUUUGCAUAUGAGGAACGAGUCCAAGCUGUUGUGGCAGUAGCACAAGAACUAGAAACUGAGAAUUAUCAUGAUAUUGACAGGAUCAAUGCCAGGAAAGACAAUGUUCUACGCCUGUGGAACUAUUUGCUUGAGCUCCUGCGUGCCCGCCGAAUGCGCCUGGAACUCUCUCUCCAACUUCAACAGAAUUUCCAGGAGAUGUUGUAUAUACUUGAUUCUAUGGAAGAAUUGAAGGGUCGGCUGUUGAGUGAAGAUUAUGGGAAACAUCUGAUGGGUGUGGAGGAUUUGCUCCAGAAGCAUGCUCUGGUUGAAGCAGACAUCAAUGUCCUUGGAGAAAGAGUCAAGAUGGUGGUUCAGCAGUCACAUCGCUUCUUAGACAUUGAGGCUACUGAAGGAUAUCGACCCUGUGACCCCAACAUUGUCAUUGACCGUGUCCAGCAGCUCCAGGAUGCUUUUGAUGAGCUUGUGAAGUUGGCACUUGAGAGGCGAGCCCGCCUGGAAGAAUCACGCAAGCUGUGGCAGUUUUACUGGGACAUGGCAGAAGAAGAGUCUUACAUCAAAGAAAAGGAACAAAUCCUAUCUGCUGGUGAUAUUGGACAUGAUCUCACCACAGCUCUUGAAGAUGAACUGGCAGCACAUGAAGCCCAACUGAACUCAGUCAUACAGUCUGGGCAUGAAUUAAUUGAGCAAGAGCACUUUGGAUCAGAGAAAAUCUUGGAACGUUCCACUGAGAUUUUGGGCAUGUGGGAGCACUUGAAAGAGCUGGCCUACUAUCGUCGUAAGCGACUUAUGGAGGCUGUUGACUAUCACCAGUUCUUCACAGAUGCAGAUGAUGUGAAUACAUGGAUGCUAGAUGUUUUGCGCCUGGUCAGCACUGAGGAUGUUGGUCGAGAUGAGGCCAAUGUUCAGUCCCUGUUGCGCAAGCACAAGGAUGUGACUGAUGAAUUGAACAAUUAUGCAGCCACAAUUGAUGCAUUACAGCAGCAGGCACAAGAACUUGGAGAUGAUGAUAGAAACUCACCUGAGGUACUAGAAUGUCUAGCUAGUAUUGAACGUCGUUAUAAAGAAUUGCGUGAGCUGGCUAAGCUGAGGAAGCAGCGCCUACUUGAUGCCUUGUCCCUUUAUAAACUCUUCAAUGAGUCUGAUGGAGUUGAGCAAUGGAUUGGAGAAAAGGAGAAAAUGCUUGCUACAAUGGUGCCAGCUAAGGAUAUAGAGGAUGUGGAGAUCAUGAAACAUCGUUAUGAAGGCUUUGAACAGGAGAUGAACACAAAUGCCUCUCGUGUGGCUGUGGUGAACCAGUUAGCCAGGCAGCUGGUCCAAGUUGAGCAUCCCAACACUGAGGAUAUUCUGAACAGACAAGAUGAGUUGAACAAGCGAUGGGGAGCUCUCCGAGACCAAGCUGAGGCCAAGAAAGAUGAACUAAAUUCUGCCCAUGGAGUUCAGACAUUCCACAUUGAGUGUCGGGAGACACUGACAUGGAUUGAGGACAAGACGCGCAUCUUGCAAUCGACAGAGGAGCUUGGCACUGAUCUCACAGGAGUUAUGACUCUUCAGCGGCGUCUGUCAGGAAUGGAGAGGGACCUGGGAGCCAUCCAGGCCAAGUUAGAUGCUCUAGAACAAGAAGCAGAAGCCAUCGGUCAAGAACAUCCUGAAGAAGGACAGGUCAUUCAAGAACGCAUAGUUCAAAUACAAGAAGUCUGGGAUCAACUCACACAGAUGCUGAAAGAGAAGGAUGCAAAGCUUGAAGAAGUUGGAGACCUCCAUAGGUUCCUCAGAGACUUAGAUCAUUUCCAAGCAUGGUUGGGAAAAACUCAGAAAGAGAUUGCAUCUGAGGAUAUUCCUGCAUCAUUGGCUGAAGCUGAGAAUCUUCUCACACAACACCAUGCCAUCCGAGAUGAGAUUGACAACUAUGUUGAAGACUAUGAGCGUAUCAUGGAGUAUGGUGAGAAGGUCACAGAGGAAGGAGAUACAGGAGAAGAUCCACAAUACAUGUUUCUGCGCGAGCGUCUCAAGGCCCUCAAAGAUGGCUGGGAUGAGUUGCAUCAGAUGUGGGAAAAUCGUCAAGCCCUUCUCUCUCAAUCCCUCAGCCUCCAGAUGUUCAAUCGUGAUGCCAAGCAGGCUGAAGUCCUGCUUUCACAACAAGAACACCUUCUCUCCAAAGAUGAGGCACCUAGCAACUUGGAGCAGGCAGAAAUCCUUAUUAAACGACAUGAAGCAUUCAUGACGACCCUCGAGGCGAACGAUGAGAAAAUCAAUGCUGUAAUUCAGUUUGCAAAUCGAUUGUGUGAUGAAAAUCAUUUUGCAGCUGACAAGAUUGGGAAGAAAGCUGAGAGCAUUGCUGAAAGGCAGCGUACCAACCGGGAAAAGGCUCUGCAGUUGAUGGACAGGCUUAGAGACAUGCUUGAGCUUCAUCAAUUCCUUCAGGAUUGUGAAGAGUUGGAUGAGUGGAUCCAAGAGAAGAACAUUGUUGCCCAAGAUGAAACUUAUAGGAGUGCUAAAACAGUGCAUUCCAAGUGGACACGUCACCAAGCUUUUGAGGCAGAGAUUGCUUCCAACAAGGAUAGAUUGAUUAGAGUCCAACAGGCUGGAGAAGAUUUGAUGCAUGAGAAACCAGAAAUGGCUGGAAUAAUUCAACCUAGGAUUGAAGACUUGACUGAGCGCUUCGAAGAGCUACAGCAAGUCACCAAGGAGAAGGGAGAGCGGCUCUUUGAUGCCAACCGCCAGGUGUUAUACGAACAAAGCUGUGAUGACAUUGAUUCAUGGAUGAGUGAUCUUGAAAAGCAAAUUGAAGUUGGAGACACUGGGCAGGAUCUCACCUCAGUCAACAUCCUCAUGCAGAAGCAACAGAUGAUAGAAACCCAGAUGGCAAUCAAGGCCCGGCAGGUAGAUGAACUAGAAUUCCAGGCUGAGCAUCUAAAGAAGAUUGCUCCAGAGAAGGAAGAUGAAAUAAAGGCAAAGAAGGCUAAGGUGCAGGAUCGCUUUGAGCAGCUUAAGGCACCUCUCCUGGACCGACAGAAUGAGCUGUACAAGAAGAAGGAAGCUUUCCAGGUAUGUGAAUUUGAUGGU